CGCACCGCGGCAUGCGCCGGAGGAGGAAUGGCAUCGGCGGUGUUUGAGGGCACGUCGCUGGUCAACAUGUUCGUGCGGGACUGCUGGGUGAACGGCAUCCGCAGACUCAUCAUCAGCCAGCGCGGGGAGGAAGAGGAGUUCUUCGAGAUCCGGACGGAGUGGUCCGACAGGAACAUUCUCUACUUGCACCGCAGUUACGCAGACCUGGGCCGGCUGUUCCGGAGACUGCUGGAGUCCUUCCCCGAGGACGGAGGGGACCUGUCCAAAAGCCCGCUGAUAGAAGGGCUGGUGAAAAUCAAGGACGCGCGCGACAUCGAGGAAAAGCUGAACGAGGUGGAGAGACUGCUGAAGAACGCCAUCAAUAUGCCGUUUAAGUAUUCUAGGUCAGAGGUGAUGCUGACUUUCUUUGAACGAUCUCCGCUGGACCAAGUUCUGAGGAAUGAUAAAGUGCACAGAAUCCAGCCCUGCUUUCAGAAUCCUAUCAAGAUAUCAGAAAUCAUGCGGUCCAACGGCUUCUGUCUGGCCAACACAGAAACCAUCGUCUUUGAUCAGAGCGUCCCGGAGGAGAAAGAAAGACCGUCAUCCACAGACUCUGUAGAACACAUGUACGAAGAGUUUUUGCCGUUAGAAGAAGAAGAAGUGGUGAAUGAGGACACAGAAGCGUACGUCACCAACCUGUCCUACUACCACCUGGUCCCCUUUGAGACCGACAUCCUGGAGUGAGGACUGGAAAGGACUGAAGGAAAGCUGCUCAAACGGACCGAGCUAUGCAAAUGCUGCUGCUUUUUUUAAAGAUGCUUCUUUGAACAACAAUAGAAUGCAAUAACACCAUUUACCAUUUAGUGUCUUCACCUCAUCCAGAACGUUUUGUCUUUGGUGACGCUCAGAAUUCACUGAACUGAAAUCAAACCUGUGGAUGGAGAAUCGCUCCAGAUGAGAGGAGGAGGACUGAUCAGCUGCACUUUUAGGAACAAAUUGGAUUCAUUGGAGCAUCACUUUUUCUCUAUAUGAUUGACCUUUUUUUGAUCACAUCAUUUUUUUUAUCUUAUUAUGGACUUGUCCACUGAGAGAUUUGCACACAGAACUUUGUGGUGCGCUUUACACCAGCAUUGAAGCCCCACUAUCAUCAUCUUUUCAUCUAUUUUCAAGGUGUUUUUGUUAGGAUGAGGCAGUUUUAGCUAAAAUCUAAAAUUCUGUCUUUUUCUAGGACAUAGUUUCUGCAGAGUGGCUGGAGUUAAUUAGAAAUUCCCCUUUGAGUUGUGGGCAGGACUGGUGAUGAGCAACCCCGCCUCCCCUUCCCAUUGUUGAGAGCUCUCAGAAAUCCAAUUAGGGAGCCUAACUUUCUUAAAAUAUUUAGAAAAAUGUCACAAGAACAUGUUAAAAACACAAUUUUCAUUCAAGUGGGUCUUUAAAAUCUGUGGUUUUUCCUGGUAAAAUUGUUUGUUUUGCAGUCAAAAAUGUUGCUUUUUUUACAUAAUGAGAUUAUAGCUUGUUUUUAACAUUUUCACUUGUAGUUAGCAAAGAGAAAAUCUUCCAAAACAAUCUGUUAAAUCUGAAGUUUCAUAUUUACUGUUAGUAGUUUUAUGUGAUGCUUUUGCUGUGAAAUCAAUAGGAACUUUUUACAACAUCUGCAGUGAACUAAACCAUUACAAAAUAAAUAUAUAAGCUAGAGUUUUUUUUACGCUAUUAAACUUUUAUUUAUGUCUUUCAUGGUAUUUCUCGCUCACUUAGUUAUUUUGAACAAAUAAACUGAUUGUAUUUCCAGCUGGAAAACUUAAUUUUUUUAGAUUUAACAUCUUAUUUUAUAUAGUUGAAACAAUUCCCUCCAUGAGUAAAAGAGUUGUAAUCACGUCAUGCUAGCUGAGGAGGGAUUAAUGCUGAAUUGCUCUAUUUUGUGCUUGUGCUGAGGUCAUUUUGGUCCUGAAAGACGUCAUGAGUGGGCUCAGUCACUAUGCAGCAACAAGUCCCCUCUUUAUCUGAAAAAGACAAAUGACUUUGCUGUACUAAAUUGUUCUGAGUUGCCUGAAAAAAAAAAAAGA